ACAUUUGUGCGCUCUCCUGGCACUCGCCCUGCCAAAGCCUGUCCUACACUCUCGCAUAAUGGCAAAAUGUAUACAUGUUGUGUCCAAGCUGGAUAAUGCCAGGCAUUCCAUCUUCCACAUCGACCAGGACUCCCCAAGCCUAGCGGCAUCUUCAGUCCGUGUCCAGACAUGGCUUGUUUCCCUCACCUAUAACAACUUGACCUAUGCCCGAUCGGGAACCCCUCUGCACUGGUGGGAUACCUAUCCCGUUCCCGAGGCAAGCCCAGCACCUUUCAACAGUCGGGAAGAAUGGGGCGUCGUGCCAGCUUGGGGCUAUGGCCGCGUUCUCGAAAGCACAAUCGAUGCUAUCGCACCAGGAUCGCUGCUGUGGGGCAUGUUGCCUACUUCAGAGCACACCGUGGACCUUCAACUCGAAGCAAUCGAACCAUCGGGCCAUUGGUCAGAGCGCAGCGCACAGCGAAGUAAGCUCAUGACGAUUUACAACAGCUACGAACAAGUUAGCCAAAGCGAUGCGCAAACCAUGCGCAUAACCGCGCUCUGCAAACCCCUCUGGCAGGGUCCACAUCUGCUCAACACCAGCGCAUUUUCCGCACGACGCAUUCACCCUUUUGGUUUCGGUGCGCCAUGGUCCCAAGAGGACGCCGACUUGUCGUCAUCGGUGGUCGUCAGUAUUUCCGCCUCAAGCAAGACCGGCCGAAGCUUUGGCUGGGAAAUGGCAAGGAAUCGAGAUGCGUCCAAACACGGUCCUCUUGCCUUGAUACAGAUGACAUCAGUCCCCAACACAUUAUCUGAAUACGACUCGUGCUUGCCAAUGAGGGCAGCUGCAUACGACGACACAAGCACCAUGGCAUGGGCCGAACAAUUCAAACCCUCACGGGUCGUCAUUGUUGACUUCGGCGCAUCCGACGCAGUCCUAGAGUCAGUCAGAGCCGCGGCAUCAAAGCUUGCUUCAAACGUCACUGUCGUUGCGAUUGGCUACGAGGCCAAAGUAUAUACCCCAGAGGAGAUCGCAGCCAGGAUGGCAACUGCCAACACAAAGGUCCUGGUCAACACCAGUGGGAUGCGAGAUCGCGUCAUCGAGUCGCAAGGCGCCUUGGAAUUCUCACAGGAGCUAGACAGCACCUGGAAUAGGUGCUUGAAGGAAGAAGCGUUUGCUAGUCUACAGGUAAAGGUUUUGAAUGGUGUUCAGGGAGAACAAGGUAUUGAGGGAGCAUGGACGGCCUUGUGUGAUCGCAAGGUUGCAGCAGACGUCGGUAUGGUAGUUGACUUUUCUACCAGAUAGACUUGGCUGGCAAUGGGACCUUCCACACCUUCGUUUUUUUCCUUCCUUUUUGCAUUUGAAAGGGCAUUACCACAAUAAGUACAAAGGCUCAUAGCCAACUAUAACUCCCUACGGUAAACAGGGUUGAGGUUACCGAGUUUCGGAUAGGCUACACAUUGUGACUUUGAUACUUCGACUUCACAAGACCGUGUGUGUUUAUGAAGGGUAGUUAUUACUGGCUCCUGUUCUUUUCUAUUGCAAUCUCUCUGUUUG